CUCCACACAGCAUAACCUUCCUCCUCUGCUUCAAUCUUCACCUCAACUCCGCAAUUGCUCCAGAAAAGUUCAUUUCAGAAACACCCAGAAAGGAAAAAUACACUCUUCCACGCCUUUUUCAGCUUCUUGCUUCCGUAGUUUCGCCCUGUCGCUCUUCGCCUCCGCUGUUCGGGUGGUUCUGGUUCAUCUCUGGCACCAACUUGCUUUUCAUGUGGCAUCUGAAUGUGCUGAGAAAGAGGGUGUCAUCUGACUCUGUCGCGAGUUUGUUUUGCAUUCACACAAUAAGCACGAAGGAUGGAUGGUGGUUGGAGUUACGAGCAGAAGACGCUGAUCAGCGAGCUGAUCCAAGGGAUGGACUUUGCAAAGCAAUUGCGGGUGCACUUGACUUCGGCCCCGUCGACAGAGACCAGGGACAUGCUGAUGCAGGGGAUCCUGUCUUCCUAUGAGAAGGCCCUCCUGAUUCUCAAGUGGAGCGGACCAAUGCCACAGUCUCAGCCCGUCGCGGCGGUCUCCGGCAUCCCCGAAUCGCCGCUCUCCGUCAACGGGAGCCCUCAGAGUGAUGAUUUCGAAAAGGGGAUUGGCGAUCAACUUCAGAACAGAGAUAUAUCCAAAAAGAGAAAGAUGAUGCCAAAAUGGACAGAUCAAGUCAGAAUAAGCCCUGAGAAUGGGCUUGAAGGACCUCAUGAUGAUGGAUAUAGCUGGAGGAAGUACGGACAGAAAGACAUCCUCGGAGCCAGAUAUCCCAGAAGCUACUACAGAUGCACCUACCGCAACACCCAGAACUGCUGGGCUACAAAGCAAGUGCAAAGAUCAGAUGAAGAUCCUACAGUCUUUGAGAUCACUUACAGAGGUACACAUACAUGUGGCAAUCCUGGGCCUUCGGUCCCAGCACCAGUGUCCCCAGAAAAACAAGAACAGAAGCAAAUUAAUCACCAGAACAAUCAACAACAACAACAACAAUCACAGGAGAUGUUAUCAAAGUUUCGAGCAGAACUGAGUGUUGAUACUAAUAACUUGGACAGCAAUGAAAUGGCAUACCGUCCUUUCUCUUUUCCCUCAGCAUCGGUCAGACUCUUGCAGAUUGAACACUGCAACUCCUCCACUUUGGCAAACGUUAACAGCAGUCUUUUCGGGAGCUUCUCGUCGCCAUUUUUGUCUCCAUCAACACCAGAAUCAAAUUAUUUUUCGAUGCACCAGGCGAAUGACAUUGGGCAGGCCCACAAUGUGCAACAUUUGGAGUCUGACCCUACCGAGAUCAUCUCAACCAACACUUCGUCGACAAAUUCGCCAAUUAUGGACCUGGAUUUCUCCCUUGAUCAAGUCGGGAUUGACCCGAAUUUCCCAUUUGACACCUCGUUUUUUCCUUGAUUCAUCAGAUGAUA